GCGGGACCGCGGGAACGUCAGUACUAGUUGGCCGUUUGAGGUGGUGGCAGGCUAGACGCUCCUCCCUCACUCACUCACUGACACACUGCCCCAGCACCUCAUCCUCCAGGGGUCCAGAGGCUCACUGUGUCUCUCCACGCCCCACGAGGACCUCACGUCUUGCCCCGCCUAAGUCCCGGUGUUGUGUCUCUGAUGCGUAAUUUGCGUAUAAUCCUUUGAGUCGUAAGUACGCAAAACAUCAACCGUCAGAAGAUAAACUAUUCCCAAAGGCGUGUACUGUACUGUCCCCUGUCACUUAGCCAGACAAGGGUGUACCUGUGGCUCUGGUAGGGAACCAAGGGGACCUGGUGCGUGGUUCUUCCUUAAGUCUGUGAACCACAUAAGGGAACGGGCUAUCGCGGAGAAGAAUUGCCUGGUAGAGACUGAGGCCGUCUCCCCGUUAGUGACUGUACUGUGUCGUCCACAGCCUCCUCACCAUAUACACUAUCUACCAUGCCGCAUCCUGUGCUGCGCUUGGCACGUGUUGACACCACUCAUCCAUGCCUUUACACACAACUACGACCCCACACCGCUUAGUGUACUGUCCACUCCCUACCACAACGUUCACAGCAAACGCCAGACCAACCCAUAGUGUGGUAUUCUUCCUCAUCACAAAAUUCACACCAUCUAUAAAUUCUACUCCGCAUAGUGUGAUAUAUUUCCUACGAGCAGGUUACUAUGUGAAGGUAGCCAACGAGAUCUUGUAGUUACCAAACACACAACUACACAACCUUGAACCCAACACGGACUUAACAUUAAACUCUAACGAAGUGAUCAAUGAAGUGGUGGGGGGGCGAGAUGACCGCCGUAAUUUGCAUAUAAAGAUUGUCUCGCAGAUCAAGUGGUGACAGCAGAGACACACAGAGGAGGAGAUAGUGAGAGAGACAGAGAGAAACCGGAGGAAAACAGAGACAGAGAGAAAAAAAACGGAGAAAUACAAUGACAGAGAGAGAAAUCGGAGAAAGACAGUGAGAGAGAGAGAGAGAAAUCUGAGAAAGACAGUGAGAGAGACAGCAACAAUUACACAGGACACAAAUGAAGGAUAUGUGACGUCACGGGGAGAACUUACAGUAAUCUAGAACCCGACAACAGAACCCCUCAGAACCACUCAGGUCUUAAUGUAAUAAAAAAAAACACACAAGUAUUCCACAAGAUCCAGUUAGAUGCACAAAAUACUACAUAAUUCUUUAAAACACGAGUUCACACUUUAAAACACCCAAAACACACUAAGAUAACUAAAUAAAUCCUAAAUAAAACAAACAAAACAUAAGAGAGAAAUACAUUAAAAACACCAUAAAAAAAACAGAAGUCACAAAGGAACAAAAGCAAAAAUUAAUAUAAAAGUCAAUAAAACAGGGAAAUCACACUAAAAAAAAAACACACACACACAAACCACGAAAAACCACCACAAAAACAAUAAAAAAAACACUACAACUACUUUUAGUGCCCCCCGCCUCCCCCCUCCUCCAAAGCACCUCACUCAAACGUUAAGAUGCUGUCGUCUCAGAGUACCCAGAUACCCGGAGUGAUAACGACGAUGGAGAGCUCCCUACUGGCGCCUCCGUGUCCUAUAGAGACUAACGGGGAUUGUGAGGGUAUUAGGUCCCUCCUGGCUCCUCCCUGCCCCAUGGAGGGAGGAGAGGAGUGUGCUGGAAGCGUUAACUGUACCAUGAUCUCUUCACAGCCCGGUGCUACUAUCGUCUCUCCUAUACUUCUCUGCCUCACUGGUGUCAUUGGUCAGGUGUGGGCGCUGUGUUAUCUGUACGGCAACACAAGACGGCAGAACACCCGCACCGUCUUCUAUGUCUUCCUCUGUACACUCAUCUGGACGGACUUCGUGGGCAAGAUAAUCACCACACCUCCUGCCAUCAUCUCCUACGCCUACGGUGCCUGGGUGGGCGGGAAGGCUAUGUGUGACUACCACGGGUUCUCCAUGGUGCUGGUGAGCAUGUUGACCCACUUCACCGUGUCUGCCAUGGCCGUCGAGAGGUUCCUGGGUAUCUGUCAGGGUUACUUCUACAGCAGGAACGUCACACCUACCCGCUGCAGGUACCUACUGGUGGGGAUCUGGGUCUUCUGUACAGCCUUCAGCCUCCUCCUGCUCUUCAACGUGGGUCAGGUGGUGCUUCAGUACCCUUACACCUGGUGCUUCACUAACAUCCACCUGUGUCCCUCCACCACCCCGCUCAGGUACCGCAUCUACACCACCACCUUGGGAGUCAUCCAUGUCACCCACCUUAUCAUCAUCGUCGUCUGCAAUGUCUUCGUUGUAGGGACGUUGUUGAAGAUGAGAUUGUCCCGUCAGCUGCCGCCAAGUCUGUGUCACCCUGAGCGCUCCCGAUCACACAACGACCACGAGUUACAGAUGGUGAUAGUGCUGGUCGUCAUUACCUGUGUGUUCGUCACCUCCUGGGCACCCCUCGACAUAAUCCUGGUUAUCAAUCAACUGUGGCCGCCUCAUACCACAAAUAAGGAUCACCUAUUGGAGCUGAUAGCCGUCCGCCUCGCCUCUCUCAACCAGAUCGUCGACCCCUGGGUGUACAUCAUCUGCAGGGUGGUGUUCCGGUCUCGAGCCUGGCGUUGCUGUCGCCUGGCGCUGAUGGGUCGGGGUUGGUCGAGGCGUGGGGGCGGAGAGGGGGGCAGCUCCACCUUCAACUUCGCCUCCAUCCUCCACCACAGGAAACUCUCCCGUACCCAGAGCCCUACCCGAGACCCCCAACAUCCCUCCGUCAAACUGAGAGCUGUGGAGGAAGUAGCCGCCAGACCACAGUCCUCCGGUAAGACCGCCCACCUCCCCUCCUUCCAGAAGUCCUACUACAGCGACUCAGGCACCGGGUCCUACUCAGGGGUGGAGGUUCCCCUCAUCGAAAGCCCUGAAGAACAGUCCCUGACCCCUGAGGUCCCAAAGAAGCCCAAGGGGUCGGCUCUGGAGCACUCCUUAGCCAAGAGCCUCUCAGUGGCCAUCCCCAUCCCGCUGUUUACAAGUGAGCAGUACCGUGUAGGAGGCAGCAGCAAGGAAUCCCCCUCCAGGUCACAGGAACAGUACCACCUGCUGGAGGGAAGUGACCCUAACAGCAUCCUACAGUCCCUCUCACGGCCUGUACACCGAGUGGCGUCCUCAGCCUCAGCACAGGACCAUACUAGCUCUCCCUUCCUAGUGAUACAUGGGAGUGACGUGGAGGUGGGGUUCCUGAGGAGUAACUCGUGGAGCUGUGUAGGUGCUCGUCGUGAGUGGCCGCAGUACCGCACCCAGAGCACCCAGACCCUCUCCGGCCAGCGUCCCGUCAGUAGCGACCUUCCACUGGAGCAGUUAUCAGUACCUGAACCUCACACCGCCGUCAGCGGUGACCUUCAGAAGCCGUCGUCAAGCUCCAACCUUCAGUGUCCCGUCAGUAGCGACCUUCGACUAGAGCCCCCGACAGUCUCUCUCACUCGUCAUUGUUCCACCAGUUGUAACUUGCCGGAGUCCUCAUUAGUCUAUGACCCACAACACCCGUCAGUCAGCAGUGACCUAAAGCCACGGUCCAUCACUCCGCUGCUGGAUUCAGUAAAGGGUAAGACACUACAAAAGGCAGACCCUGGGGUCAACUCGCCCCCCGGGACCUCACACUGAUCCAGGGAAUACUGACCUCCUUCUUAAAGGACUUUAAGAGAUGUUGUUAGGAUUUCCUCGUAAACAAGUUGGGACGUUCACUUCAGGUCUCCGGGUGAACCAAGGACACCCCGCUCUACCUCCAGGUCUAAGAAACUUUACUGGAAUUCACUGCUGGGAUACGAAGGAUACCCAGGGUAGAUCUCUCGCCACGACCCCCACAAGAUCCAGGGAGUCCUACUCGAGAGAACAGGAGAAAAUACGCGGAAGAAUUUCUACAUCAGGUUCCUCUUGAGGACUCCUUCUCCGACCCCAUGGUGACGAGGGUCCUUCCUUCUACCAAACUCUCAGGAUAUAAUGCAUUCUUGGAGUCCACAGAAGACGGGGGUGUUUAGAACGUCUACAAUAAGAGUCCUGCCACACAGUCAAGAGGUGACAGACGUCCUACACCUCCCGGCGACCCACGGAAGCCCUACAGUAUAUACCUCGACUCCACAACUCUCAUGCAUAGGAGAUAACUCGGAUGACCUCUCCAUCUAUAUAAUACUCUCUUCUUCUCCUCCGUUCCUCCUCCCAUUCUUCUUCUACCCUCUCCUACAUCCCCAGAGUACAGUGGUCAGCCUAACAGUAUAGUCUAGUACAUUAUAUAAGCUAAUAAUACCAUAGUGUGUAUUUGUUCAGUGGUGCAAUUCUGUAGUGGGUUAGUAGAGGUCAUUGUUGUUUUGCUGUGCGCUUUUAAUGUGCGCCUUUAAUGUGGGCCAUUUCUGUGAGGCAUUUAUGUGAGGCAUUUAUGUGAGGAAUUUAUGUGAGGUAUUUAUGUGAGGUAUUUCUGUGAGGUAUUUAUGUGAGGCAUUUCUGUGAGGUAUUUCUGUGGGGUAUUUCUGUGGGGCAUUUUUGUCAGCCAUGAGCCAUUUCUGUGAGCUAUUUCUGUGAGCCAUUUUUGUAAGCCAAUGUUGUGAGUCAUUUUUGUGAGCAGUUUCUGUGAGUCAUUUUUGUAAGCCAAUGUUGUGAGCCAUUUUUGUGAGCUGUUUCUGUGAGCCAUUUAUGUGUGCUAUUACUGAGCCAUUAGCUAUUUCUGUGAGCUAUAUCUGUGAGCCAUUUCUGAGCUAUGAGCUAUUUCUGUGAGACAUUUCUGUGAGCCAUGAACCAUUUUUUGAGCAAUUUCUGUGAGCCUCGAUGUGCAUAUAAAAAAACAAAUGUUCUUGAAAAAUGGUAAAACAUUAUUAUUUUUUGUGGAACUCAUAAUACAAUAACUAUCACUCAAACAAAAACAUAACAAAAACAGCCGCUAAUGUUUAUGUCUACGCCAAUGUUUAUAGGAUCUAAAUCAAUGUUUAUAUCUAUGUACAUUCGUCAUUAACGUAGUGUAACUUCUAUAUAACGGGGGUUUCACACAUCUAACGGACCCUCGAUAUAAUGGACUUUCCUCUCUCCCAAAGGUCUGUUAAAUAGAGGAUGACGGACAGCUUAUGACAGUGAUAAGGUCUAGGUCACGAUAAGAUCAAGUUGAAGGUCACAAUUACGAGAGAAAUUAAAGGUCAAAGGUCACACACACACACACACACAACAAAUACUGUGCCCUGACAUCACAACACGCAGCAACACAAGGCUCUCAGAUCACAGGAGGCUCUCACAACACCGUGUCGUAAGGUAUCAACACAAGGGUACAAAUAACACGCAGCAUAGUAGGGGUUCAAACAUCAGCGCUAUGUUAAAGAAACUCGUCAAGACAUAGUGAUGAUGGUGAGAGGACCGCCCGUGUGUGUUCUAGUCAAGCUGUAGCCUCACUUAUCAUUGAAUAUUGUUUAUUUUUGUAUCAUUAGUCGUUAAGAUAGGAAUUAUAGAUAAGAGUAUAGACAUUCUUAUUGACAAUCUUUUAGACAUUCUUCACUAACGAUAACUUAAGAAGAUAGCGAUAGAAAUUACUGAUGAAAGACAUGAUAGAGGCAUUUAUUAUUAUUAUAUAUUAAGGUGAUAAUAAAUACUACCAUGAUAUUAUUAAAGGUUGGUUUAUGUAAUAUUAGGUACUUUAAUUAUUUCUGGCUGCUCCCCCAUGUGUGUGUGUGUGUGUGUGUGUGUGUGUGUGUGUGUGUGUGUGUGUGUGUGUGCGUGUGUGUGUGU